UUAUGCCACUCAGAAGCCAUUUCUCAUUUUCCAUCGCAGAAUAUACCCUUUAAUAGCUACAUCUAUGAAUCGACACGUCAGCACUAAUAGAUCGCCGCCCGUUUUUUUGUCUCCAUUGCCAUAAGUUCAACUUGUAUUCCCUGCACUAUAAUCUAUUGGAUUUCAUUAACGAUAUACCGUUAUGUAUAUAUUGAGCGAUUGUUCUUGAUCUUGGCAAAGACCCAUACUUUUGAAGAUAUUUCUUAUAUAACCAGAGACGACAGCUUCGUCUGGAUUACGAUAUAUAUAUAUGUCAUCAUUUACGAAAAGUUAACAUGCAUACAGUGGGACAGUAGUGCCGCAGCAUUUAAGUCAAAUAUACCACACUUUAUCAUUUUUGCAACAAUGUCUCCUCCGAAAAUCGCCAUCAUAGGAGGUGGUCCGGCUGGGUGUAUGUUAGGACGAUUCUUAUCACUGUCCGAUAUUCCCUUCACAAUAUAUGAAAGCGAAGCGGACCCCAAUUAUCGAUCUCAAGGGGGCACAUUAGACCUUCACCAAGGGACAGGCUUGACUGCCAUGAAGGAAGCUCAACUUUGGGACAAGUUUCUGGAGCAUGCCCGUUUCGAUGGCGACUUUUUCAUGAUGGCGGACAAAGGCCUGAAGCCCUACAUUGCUGUGGGUCCCAGCAACAAACUCAGCGAACGGCCUGAAAUCGACCGGGCUCAGCUACGCAGAAUUCUCAUAGAAUCACUUCCAAAAGGGGCUAUCAAAUGGGGACAUCGACUAAAGCGUGUUGAGGAUGGAAACGUCCUGAUCUUUGAUGACACGAUAGAGUCUGGUUACGAUCUUAUCAUUGGAUGUGAGGGAGGCUGGAGUAAAGUUCGAAGUUAUAUAACUCCAGCGGUGAAGCCAGAGUAUACGGGGGUUGGGUAUCAUCGUCUCCGCAUACCGGAUGCAGCGACUACCGCACCAGAACUCCACAAGAUCGUCAAUAAAGGAAGCGUAUUCUCUAUUGCGAACGGGCAAAGGUUGACUAUGCAACAAUUGGGCGAUGGUAGCCUCCACGUUGCAUGGGCUUCAACCCGCCCUGAGAAUUGGACGCAAACCUGUAGCUAUAACCCCCACAAUAUCGAGCAAGUGAAAAAGGCUAUCCUAGAGGAGAUAGAGGAUUGGAGCCCACAUCUCCGCGAAGCGAUUGAGAAGACAGGAGAUGACAUCUGCGAUCCAAAGAAUCUUUAUAUGUUACCCGUUGGUUGGCGGUGGGAGCAUCGUUGUGGUGCAACUAUCAUCGGCGAUGCUGCGCAUUUGAUGGCACCAUUUGCCGGUGAAGGCGUGAAUGCCGCCUUCGAUGACGCACGAAAACUAGCUACCGCGAUUAUUGGAGUAGUGAAAUCGGGUGGUGGAUUGGACCAACUCGAUAAAGCAAUACAGACAUUUGAAGAGGAAAUGUUUCCGCGCAUGAGAGUGUAUCAGCAACAAACGGAAGAGGUUACCAAGCUCUGGUUCUUUAGCACGGGUAAUAUGAGGGAUGUCGUGCCGAAAGUAAUGCUAACUCAUGCCAAGGCAAAACUGCCGGCGAUCUUACAUCCCCUAGCCUGGACAGCUAUGAAUUCAUAUUGGUUCGUCAAGACUAGAUUCUUGAGCUAGAUACCGCGAACAUGGUCAUCCUGGGUUUUAGCAUGGCGCUAUUAAUGACAUAGAAUGAACGAAUGAUACUUUACUUUUGCAUGGGUGCUUAAAUACCUAUUUCGACGAUGGAAUGCGCGGAUACUCUACUAAUAUACUCUUUUACCAAUACACACAAUACAUGUAUUAGUACAAAAUAAGGAUCGAAAAAGAAAAAGAUUAUAUGAUUU